GCUGCUGCGGGGGCCAUGGCCGCACCGAGCCCGGGGCCCCGCGAGGUCCUGGCCCCCUCUCCAGAGGCCGGACGAAAAGCAACCACCUCCAGUUCCGGCCGCCAUGGCCUUCUCUGGCGUCUACGAGACAAGCAGCUGCGCCUAGGCCUGUUUGAGAUCAGCCCGGGACAUGAGCUGCACCGGCUGACAUGUAUGAUGCAGGCAGGGCUGUGGGCUGCCACCCAGGUCUCUAUGGAUCACCCGCACAGGGGGCUGCCCACUGAGGAGGAUUUCUCCGAGGUCCUGACUCAGGUUCACGAGGGCUUCGAGCUGGGCACCCUGGCUGGCCCGGCCUUCGCCUGUCUUCGCCACUCCCUAGGCUUGGCCGAGGAGGACUACCAGGCCGCACUGGGGCCUGGUGGCCCCUACCUGCAGUUCCUCAGCACCUCCAAGAGCAAGGCCAGCUUCUUCCUGUCCCACGACCAGCGCUUCUUCCUGAAGACCCAGCGGCGCAGGGAGGUGCAGGCGCUGCUCGCCCACCUGCCCCGCUACGUGCAGCACCUGCAGCGGCACCCACACUCGCUGCUCGCGCGGUUGCUGGGAGUGCACAGUCUGCGGGUGGCCCGGGGCAAGAAGAAAUACUUCAUCGUCAUGCAGAGCGUCUUCUAUCCUGCUGGCCGCAUCGCUGAGAGGUAUGACAUCAAGGGCUGUGAGGUGAGCCGAUGGGUGGAGCCCGCCCCUGAGGGCAGCCACCUCGUCUUGGUGCUGAAGGACCUCAACUUUCAGGGCAAGACCAUCGACCUGGGUCCCCAGCGGAGCUGGUUCCUCCGGCAGAUGGAGCUGGACACUGCCUUCCUUCAGGAGCUCAACGUGCUGGAUUACAGCCUCCUGAUGGCCUUCCAGCAUCUCCAGGAGGAUGAGAGAGGCCCGGGCAGCAGCCUUGUCUUCCGCACAGCCAGGUCUCUGCAAGGGGUACAGAGGCCGUAUGAGCCGGGAGCUCAGAACCUUCGGCUGCUGCCCAACUGCCCCAACGCCCUUCACAUCUUGGACGGGCCGGAGCAACGCUAUUUCCUGGGCCUCGUGGACCUCGCCACGGUCUACGGGCUCCGCAAGCGACUGGAGUAUCUGUGGAAGACGCUGCGCUACCCCAACCGGACGUUCUCCACCGUCAGCCCGGCUGUCUAUGCCCGUCGCCUCUGCCAGUGGGUGGAGGCGCACACCGAGUGACCCGCGCGGGCCGCGCUCUCCCCAUCUGGACAAUGGGCGCACGCCCGGAACGCGUGUUCCAGCCUGGUCCGGCCAGCGAGUCGGGCUCCCCUCGCCUGCUGUUCCUCCAGCUGGCCUCCAGAGGGCAGAAUUCCCUAACUAAUACGACAGCCUCGUUUGAUGGCGAUGCUGUGCCUUGCUGGCGUUGUACCGGGGACUCCCCACAUUAGUCAUUUAAUCUUUAAAAUACUAUUAUUCUCUUUUUACAGACCAUGAAAUGGAGGCUCAUGGGGUGAAGGGACUGAGCAAGAUCACUCAGCAAUAAAUGCUGGAACCAGGACUCGACUAUGCCUUUAGGACUCAGGAGCCUGUAUUCUUAGUCACCAGCUCCUACAGCCCUGUCCUCAUGCUCUGGGAAAGGGGGGAGGCUGCAGGCUCCAGCCCAGGCCCUUUGUCGUCCAGAUGGGAAAACUGAGGCCCAAAGACUUUAAGGGGCUUAUGCAUGGGAGACUCCAGCCUGGCCUCUGACAUCAGUCUAAUCUGACCCUGCCCAAGCAGGCCUUUCCUCUAGUGCUGCUCGGGGCCUGGCUGUGUGACCAGGGCAAGGUACUAACCCUCUCUGUGCCUCAGCAAUCUGAUCUGUAAGAUGGAAGGAUGAUAAUGGACCUCAAUAACUCAUUAAAUAUUUAGUGAGCACCUGCUAUGUGACAGGCCCUUUGCUGGACUUUGGGGACCUGGGGAAAAAGCAAGAUGCACACAUUCCACCUUCAUGAAACUCACCGUCUGGGGUGGGGUGGUGACCAAAGCAACCUGGUACAGCAAAGCCUUGUGAAGGAGCAUGGGGCCAUGGAGC